AUGACGUCGAACGCUGAGGCUGCCGAACUAAAGGCCCUGUAUGUCGGUCGUAUGCUGCAAGAUAUCGAUGGCCCCAAACCAGUCAUCGACCGUGAGGUGGCACGCCGUAACUGCCAGGUUAUGCUUGAUACUGUCGCUGCCUUGGAGGUGGACUUUAGGGCGCACGUAAAGACGCAUAAGACAACGGAACUCACUCGCUUCCAAGUUGGAGAAAAGUCGGACACGGUACGGCUGGUGGCAUCCACGCUGCUAGAGGCAGAGCAGCUGAUUCCCUUUCUGAAAGAAUGCCAAACAAAAGGGCGGAAAGUAGACACCCUCGGCCAUGGGGCGGUGACAUGCCUGGUGGACAGCAUUGAGAUCAUCCCCUAUCUGUCUCGCUACCAUGCUCUCUGUGGCAAGAGACUAGGCGUCUUCGUCAAGAUGGACACUGGCUAUGGUCGCGCUGGCGUAGCUUACAAUAGUCCACAGUUCGAUGCCAUCGUCAGCGAACUCUACACCGUGGAGGGAAAGGAGCCACACCUCUUCACCCUCCGCGGGUUCUACUCCCAUAUGGGGCAUAGUUAUAGCUCCGACCACCCGUCAGAUGCAAUGGACUACCUUCGCACGGAAAUUGAAGGCUGCAAGCUCGCGGCGGACCGUGCCUCAGCCAUACCGCCACCGAUCCCGUUCGACGGGGAAACCAACUAUUCCCAACGCCGCUUCAUUCUCUCCGUCGGCGCAACGCCCAGUGCCACCGCAGCACAGAAUCUGACGGAAUCCCAGACCCUCAGCCUUCCCGGAGCAGAUAAGACCAAGGCACUGAUUGAUCAGACCAAACAGAGAUAUGACGUCGAGCUGCACGCGGGUGCAUACGUGACGUUGGACAUGCAGCAGUUAGCCGCCCGUGCGCGGCCGUACAGCUCACAUCUAUCAUUUGAUGACCUGGCGCUUACCGUCCUUGCGGAAGUUGGCUCUUUGUACAUGCACCGUGAACACCCGGAGGCGCUUGUUGCAUGUGGUUUGCUGGCCGUCGGGCGCGAGCCGUGCCGUAGCUACUCUGGCUGGGGUGUAGUUACACCCUGGCGGGAGCAGGCAGCAACGGAUGAAGAAGUCGGCUUUUAUGAUCCAGACGGAAACAGAACGGGAUGGGUUCUGGAUCGUAUAAGCCAGGAGCACGGCAUUUUGCGCUGGCACGGGUCGCGAGAGAAUAUGCGACCCUUGCGAAUUGGUGAGAAACUGCGAAUUUGGCCGAAUCACUGUUGCAUCUGCUGUGCAGGGUUCAGUCAUUUGCUUGUUGUUGAUUCGACCGCUCAGGGAAGUGAGAAGGAUCGUAUCGUUGAUGUUUGGCAGAGCUGGAGAGGGUGGCUAUGCCGUAUACAAACAAUCAGAGGUGCAUGA